AUGACCCAAUCCGACCCCCAAACCACCAGCGUCUCGAACCCCUUCAGGACGCGCAUCCUCUCUGGACAAAUAACCCCCCUCCUAACAGCCAAAUACCUAACAACCAAUGAGCUCCCUCUUCUCUGCAAAACGACCUCUAUCCACGCCAUCUUCAUCGACAUGGAGCACUCCGCGCACGACAUGCGCACUGUCUCGCAACUAAUCCUGGCCUGCCACUGCGCAGGCAUCUCGCCCGUCGUGCGCUCGCCCUCCAAAUCGCACUUCCAUAUCAGUCGCAUCCUCGACGCAGGCGCCUCCGCCGUGGUAAUUCCCCAUGUGAAGUCCGUCGAAGAGGUGAAGGAAUUAGUCCAGCAUGGGAAGUACGCUCCCCUGGGAAAGCGCGGCUGCACGAAUAACCAGCCGGCGUUUGGGUUCCGGCAUGUGUCUACAAAAGUGCAGAAUGCGGUGUUGAAUGAGCAGACAAUGCUGAUUCCGAUGAUUGAGACGCCUGGGGCGGUGGAUAUUGUGGAGGAGAUUGUGGCUGUUGAGGGUGUAGAUGGGAUUUUGGUGGGUUCGAAUGAUCUCUGUUCGGAUAUGGGGAUACCGGGAGGUUAUGAUACUGCUGAGUAUCAGGAUGCGGUGAAGAGGGUUAUUAAGGCGUGUGUGGAUGUUGGAAAGCCUGUGGGUAUUGGGGGGAUUCCGGGGAGACUGGACCUCUUGGAGAUGUGGUUUAAGUUGGGGGCGACGUGGUCGUUGGGUGGGCAGGAUGGGGCGAUGGUGCAGGCGGGGAUGAGACAGUUGAGUCAGAAGUAUGAGGAUAUCAAUGUGAGGUUGGAGAGGGUGUAA